AUGUUUACCACUUCUGGCGGAAUAGCAUUCCAGUGUAUAAUGGUACAGGGAUGGAGUAUUUGUGGUAAUCAAUUGAGGUUGGAAUUGGCUGGAAUGCUAGGGAGUAUUGGACAGGGAGAUCCAGUGUAUUGUGCAGAGAGACUGUUCGAGAGUUUGGUGAUGUUUUGUUCCAAAAAUAAAUCCUACAGGUUUAGUAUCAAUCUGGUUCAUAUGGAAUCAGAGAAAACAAGGAUUGCAACUGAGGUCAUAAAAAGAAUGGUGCAGGGAUUGGUAACAGAUUUUGAGCCAGUCAUGCCCAUCAGAGAUAGACGGAAACAGAAAGCAGGGUUUGAUUCCAAGAGAGGUAAACCUCCAGGAAGACCUUUAUCAGCCUCUCAAUAUCCUAAAUCAAAGCCCCAGAUGCUUGUUAGUGGAUCAAGGAGUUACGACUCCAGACGUGCAGAUAAAAAAUAUAGAACUUCUAACAACACACCAUCAGGAUUUGACAAGGGAAGAGCUAAAACGCAAAGUCCACCGAGACGUAUGGCACCUUCCAUAAACACCAACACAUCAGUGCCGCAGGGAAUAAGUGACAGUGAUCAUUCUGAAGAUGAGGAACAAUCUUCUUACCCUAAGGACUCAGGAACAAAUGAUACUCAUUCUUGUUCAAGUGAAUCAAGUAACGAAACCCUACCAGGGAGACUGAAGAUAUACGAGGUUUCAAGGACAGAGAGACAAACAGAAAACUUUGGUAACUAUAAGACAGAAUCUACAAAGUCUGAGGAAAUGCUAAAUAAAGAUCAAUCAUAUCAUGAUGAGUCUGAUGAAGAUUCAGAUAAAGAUGACAAUAAUAGGGAAGAGGAUGCUGAAACAUGUGUAAUAUGCAUGGAGGAUAUCACAGAUCCACAAAAAUUAUCAUGUGGACAUGUGUUCUGUGCUGAUUGCAUUAAGGAGCAGUUCACUUACAAACAAGCAUGUCCAACAUGUGGCAAAGUGUGUGGAAUCAUAAAAGGGGAUCAGCCAUAUGGGCGGAUGGAUGUAGUUAUCAAUGAUAGGGCUUCCUGCGCAGGAUUUGAAAGUAGUGGAAGGAUAGAGAUAACUUACAAAUUUCCUGAUGGAACACAAGAAGAUAAUCAUCCAUGUCCUGGUCAAAGAUACAAAGGGAUUACAAGAACAGCAUAUCUUCCAAACAAUAGGAAAGGAAGAGAGAUUUGUGAUAUGCUCAAAGUAGCAUUUAAAAGGAAGUUAGUCUUCACCAUUGGAAGGUCGAGAACUACUGGUGCAGAUGGUGUGAUAACAUGGAAUGAUAUACACCACAAGACAGACCCUAAACCACACUCUCAAUUUGGGUAUCCCGACCCUACAUAUCUGGAUAGGGUGACAGAGGAACUUGAAGUCAAAGGUGUUACUGUGAAGGAUAUACCAACUGAUCAUGCAGCAAGACCCAGGCGCAGAUGAACCAUAUUGUAUUAAAAAAUAUGUAUUUUUAUUUUGUUGACUGACUGUGUUAUUUAGAAAAUUGUGAAUGCUUGUAUUGUUAGGGAAACCUAUCAUUACAACAAUAGAUUGUUGAGAAUGUUUAUAUUCUGUUUGUUUGCUUUACAGUAUUUUUAGCAUUUGUGAUCACUGUCUGUCAUCUGUAGUAAAUCUCUCCUGGUAUGGUUCUAUUCAAAAGUUUUCCAAACGGUUCUGCUUGGUUGCUUAUGGAGUCAGUUAGAAAUAUUCAAAUGACAUCUUCUGUUGUCAGAUUUUGGAAUAAUUUCACAGAAAUUUACCUUAGAGCUUGGUCAAAUAAUCAGAUUCAUCUAACAAUUCUUUGGUUACUUUUCCCUGUAAAUAUAUAGUUGUAACUUAGGGUCCAUGUUUUGGAGAAAAAGUUUGAACAUCAUUAAAUCAUAGAAAGAAAGAAUUGUUUUACAUGAAAAUUAAACAGCAUAUAAAACAUUGAUAUUAUUCUAAAAAACCAUUGUCAAUUUACUCAUAUAUUUAUUGAAUUCCGGAAAGGGACUGUAUGAAGGGGCCAUGCUUCUGGGCAGUUCAGCACUUUAAGAACUCAUUAACAAAUGGCAUUUUUUUUAAAGGGGAGGGGGGCA